UCUCGCGAGACGUGACGCCGUUUUUUGCGGGAUCAGCUCUGCAGCAUCAGACACCGGAGACAAUCUGCAUAUUUCUAUUUCUGCGCUUCACCUGCUGCUGCUUCCUCCAUGUUUUUAUAACACAACAAAUACUGUGCCUGCAUCUUGGAGACUUGCUGACUGCUUGAUGUUGGACAGAAUCAACCAAAUCAUCCCGGUGCAGCCCCCACCCAUAAGUUAAUAAUUAAUAAAGUGGGUCAUGGAGGUGUCGUCUCACAGCCUCUUCCUGCUGCAGCAACUCAACGUUCAGAGAGAGUUCGGCUUCCUGUGCGACUGCACCGUCGCUAUCGGAAACGUCUACUUCAAGGCUCACCGAGCUGUGCUGGCCGCCUUCUCCAACUACUUCAAGAUGAUCUUCAUCCACCAGUCCAGUGAGUGUAUAAAGAUCCAGCCCACAGACAUCCAGCCCGACGUCUUCAGCUACCUGCUGCACAUCAUGUACACUGGCAUGUGUCCCAAACAGCCAGUGGACCAGAGCCGGCUGCAAGAUGGCAUCAAGUUCCUUCACGCCUACCAGCUGUGUCGGAAACCAGAUGAAGGUGCACUAGAUGCCACAACUGAUGUGGUCCGUAUGUCCAACCUGUAUGGAAUUCAGAUCUCGUCCCAGCUGGCCAACAAGGAUGUGUCUGGAGUCCCCAAGACCACCACGGUGUCCCGAGGGGCCCCAGAGGAUGGAUGCUCUUCAGUCCGGGGGGCACGGUCCCACUCACAGCUGUCCCUCCCUGUUGGACUGGAGGGGGUGCCUUCAGACCGCCAGGCUUCGGCACUUCGCAACGUCUGCUCUGUAGCGUCUGGAGAUGAUUCAGACAUUUCUUCUCGAAUCAAGCAGGAACAAGUAGAGGAGGAGGAGGCGGAGGACAGGGAGGGAGAGGAGGGGGCAGAGCCAGGAUCCCCGUCUCCAGCCCAGGGCAGCAGUCCCAGUCUCCUGUUUAAAGACCGACCCCUGGUCCUGCUGUGCCCCAGCUGUGGAGAGCGCUGCUUGUCCCCGGAAGGCCUCCGGGAGCAUCUAUUCAGCCACGCCCUUGACCCUGCCCGCCUGAUGGAGGGGUUGUCGCACGGGAGACAGCUGAACACCAGUGUCGAAGAAGGGCCACGGGGGGGCCAAGAGCAGCUAGACGCUGGAUGUCUGGAGGAGGCGCUGAGGCAGAGCCAGGCGCUGGCCAAUCAGCUGGCUGCUGAGCUGAGGAGGAGUCGAGGGGGGGGAGGGGGGAGCAGCCCCACCCCUGCCGUCCUGCACUCCCGUAAACGUAAAAUUGCCUGCGCUGUCUGCAGCCUGCGCUUCUCCCACAAAAGCCAGCUGCAAGAGCACAUGUACACCCACACCGGCAAACCGUCCCGCUACCACCGCUACAACCGCCUCUGCAGCCAGCUCUUCCAGGCCUCCGCCCACUUUUGUGAGGGCGCCGCAGAGCCUGGGGGAGGGGGCGGGGUGCCAACUGCUGCCGCUGUCUCUGAGGAGGCAAACAGGGACACUCAGGACAACGGCAGCUCCUGCUACUCCCUGGACUCUGAGAUCUCUCAGGAGAGUGUGGAUGGCGUUCCCGUGGAGUAAUGUCAUCAGGUGAUGUCAUAUUGUCAUAGUGGCGUGAAUGAGCACACAGAGAGUGAAAAGACAAACCUGGAGGUGAUUCUGUGCCAUUGCAGGUGUGUGUAUGGAUAACAAGUGAAAGUCAAUCAAACAAACAAUUAGCUGCUGCAGAGUGGGACAGAGGAGAUGACAGCUCUGAUUGGCUGCUGAAGUUUCAAGACCAAUCAGAGGAGAGCGAAUGUCUUUGAUGUUUCCUCACGUUACAUGUAGACGAGCCUUACACAGAAACAGCUGUUGUGCUUUUAAUGUGAAAAGACAUUCAGUUAUAAUUUGAAAUUCAGAUCCUGUAUAGGAUCAUACAUUUGAUUUUUCCUGUUUCCUUUUCCUGAUGAGAUUUAAGUUAAUCAAAAAAGGGGUGUUCCUUUAACGUUGAUUUGUGUCGGGUAACCCUAACCCUUUGAUUUCACAGUUGAUAUUGAUUAUUGAUCGGUGAAUGUCUGAUUGCUCAGUAGUGACGUCGUCUUUGUGCUUCUCUGAAAAAAAAAUCCCAGGUUGACGUGUUUUCAACAAUUGUCUGGUUUUCAUCGUAAAUAGGUUUGUAAAUAAACGUCUUUUUCCACCAAUCAGUUUGACUGAGGACAUUCACACUCAAUAAAACACACACAACAAAAACAAUCAAAUAUACACAGGAAAGCACACAAACGAAC